AAUUGGUUUGUUUUUGUGUUUACUAAGAUAACGCUCCGUCAUUCAUAACAUUUAUUUUUGAAGACAAAGCAGAGUGACUCGUGCAUGACUUUCAAUGUUGGAAAUUGUAUUGCCACAGUAAUUUUAUGGCUACCGAGUAGCAUAAUUAAUUAACCAAGCACAAAGGUGAAUUCAGACAACUUCCAUAGGAGACCUACAUGGUUGGCACAACCGUUCAACUUUGUUGAUGUGUACUCCUGCAUGCGGGGAGGUGUCUACACACUGGUCUGAGUGUCAGAAACACGUUAAAGAUUACGUGUUUUACAGGUGAAUAAUUCCAACAUGGCACUGAAUCUAACCAACAACUCGAACAUGUUGAACUUCUACAGGGCCAAAUCUUCUUUCUGCAGCGAGAAACUGAAAGAAUUCAUUGAAACUAAAGAAGUUAUAACAUUUAAGGAUAAACUAUUUAAGAUACUGGAAGAAGAUCCUUUGUUCCACAGAACCACAGAAACCGCCAGUCUGGACGAAGUGAGAAGAUUAGCUCUUCUACGAGGAAUGAGGAUAAUUGACUCUGGAAUUCUCCAGGAUCCUACAUUAAAGAGUCAUCCUCUCGUGGUUUCAGGCCUGAUCGUUGCAUUAGUCCAGUACGAUCCAUCCGUCAUGUUCAAGAGCACUUUUUCAGUUGGAUUCUUCGGCCGCAGCAUUAAAGGGUUGGGGACAUCAGACCACAGCAGCAUGUUGGCAGAUGCGCUGACUGGUAAAAUCACCGGAUGUUUUGCACUCACGGAGAUAUCACAUGGGAGUGACGCCAAAAAUAUGCGGACUACGGCAACUUUUGACAAAAACUCGCAGGAGUUCGUGCUGCACACCGAAGAUUUUGAAGCUGCCAAAUGCUGGGUGGGAAAUAUGGGUCAGAUGGCAACACAUGCAACAGUGUUUGCGCAGUUGGUGACUCCUGACGGGCAGUGUCAUGGGCUCCAUCCAUUCAUCGCCCCACUCCGAGACCCCACCACCCACAAACCCUACCCUGGCGUUGUCAUCGGAGAUAUGGGUGAGAAGAUUGGACUCAAUGGCAUCGACAAUGGGUACUGCAUGUUCAACCAGUAUCGGAUCCCGAAGUCCUACCUCCUCAGUCGUAUCGGCACAGUGACGGAAGAUGGAGAAUACAUAUCUCCGAUUCAAAAUCCUCGCAGGCGAUUCGGAGCUGCGCUGGGUACGCUCAUUGGUGGACGGAUCGGGGUGUGUAAAAACCUAGCAGUGGCAUAUCUCACCAACGCCAUCAGCAUCGCAGUCAGGUACUCGGCAGCUCGGAGACAGUUCGGGCCGGGUGAGGUCCCCGAGCUCUCCAUCAUCGAAUAUCAACUUCAGCAAUGGAGACUGUUCCCACACCUCGCAGCCCUGUUUGCCUUCAAGGCUUUUACUCGAGCGGUCAACACGAGACAGUUUCACAUCUCCCAAGCAUUGGAAGAUCCAGCAGAAAUGCUCAGUAAGGCAGACGAGCUGCUAGAGAUGCAUGCUGUGACGUCAGCAGCCAAGGCAGUCUGCAGCUGGACUGCAGCCCAGGCGAUACAGGAGUGUAGGGAAGCCUGUGGCGGUCACGGAUAUCUUAAAUGUGCCGGUUUGGGGGAGUUGAGGAACAAUAACGACAGUAACUGUACGUACGAAGGGGAGAACAACGUGUUGCAACAACAGGCCAGCAACUGGCUGCUGCAGUUGUGGCGGCGGAGGGAUAACUCACGCUUUCCCUCUCCCCUCGGCUCUGUCUCCUUCCUCUACCAGACACAACCUGACAAGAUGGCGGCUCGUACAGAGGCAGAACUAUGUCACCCACCAGUGAUUCUGCAAGCGUACCAGUGGCUGGUUUGCUGGCUUGUCCAGAAAACAUCAGAAACUUACAACGCUCACGUAAAACUUGGCAAAGACUCCUUCACCGCACGCAACCAUUCCCAGGUGUUCAACGCUCGAACCCUCUCCAUCGUUUAUAUUGAGCAUUAUAUAAUUCAGUGCUUCUGGGAUCUUUGUUGUCAAGCCACCGACGGUAACAUCAGAGCCGUUCUAACCAAACUGUGCGCUCUGUACGCACUCACCAGCAUAGAGAAACAUCUGGUCUACUUGUACCAAGGUGGCUACAUUCAAGGUCCUGCCGAGAGUCAGCUGAUACAGUCGGCCAUCCUCAGCCUCUGUGAUCAGCUCAGACUGGAGGCGGUGGCUCUCGUAGAUUCUGUCGCUCCCCCAGACUUUGUGCUCAACUCUGCCCUUGGCCACUCUAACGGAGAGGUGUACAAGAACUUGCAGCAAGCCUUUUUGCAGUCCCCGGGCAGCAUGCAGAGGCCAGCCUGGUGGACUGAGUUGUCUGGGAGGUACAGAUCUCGGUUAUAAAAUGAGGGAGGUUAACAUAUAAAAUGAGGGAGAUUAACGGGUACUAGAUGAGGGAAAUUGAUAAACCAAAAUAUACAAUACCAAAGCAAAUAUUGUAAUCGUGUUAUGUAAGUAUUUUACAGACUUUAAAUACAUUUUUGUAAACAUAAUUUGUUUAUUUGGGUAAAAUGAUGAUUAUUUUUUAAUGUAAUAAAGUAUAUGUUUUUUAUAGUUA